UGAACUUUAGCGGGAAAUUAGUUUUCCACAAACUGAAAAUGGGAAACACUUUAAUUUCUCAAACUUAAAGCCUUCAAAUGUUAUAGGUAUCUUUAUCCGUACAGGGGUUCUGGAAUUAACAAAAUCAAUUGUUGAUCUGCAAUGCUCUGUGCAAUUUUUCUUUGGUAUUUAUGCACCCCUAAAGUCUAGAAUAUAACAUAUUUUCUCACUUGGACAUAUCCAAUUUAGAUAUUUCACGGUAUUUUAUUUCAUUAAUCCUCGCGCUAUCGAUGAAGAACAAUUAAUAAUUUCUUACGGCCUGAGUGGCAAAAGAGAUGAGCUGAAGUUUUGUCUAUCUUUGAAGCUUAAUUUAAAUAAAAGACAAAACACACAAAGUGAAAACUUUCCACAAUUCACAAUGCGUGGGUCGAUGAAAUAGUAAAUGUUUCUCCAUAUUGGACACCUGCCGUGAGUAAACCCUUGCUUUAGUAAGUUCCAGGGGGAGAGAAGGUAGAGACAUAAACCAGAAGAGUCUCAUGGGCUUGGGAGGAAAUUGAACUUGUUGUUAACGGUGGAUUCUAAGAGAAUUUGUGAUUUAAAAUUAAAAAUAAUUGUUAUUAAAUAUUUGCGCAAUUCUGACAUGUGAUAAUUCAACAAAUGGAAUCCAGACAAACAACACUAUUCUACAGGUUACAUGGAGGUUUGGUAUUGGAGAAAGAAGUAAAAAAAAAAGCACCAAGAGAGAAAUCUUCCCAAGCCACCUACACAUUUAUGAUACGAUGGGACUGGCAAGGAAAGGAAUAAUAUAUAAAAUAUUCUCGAGAGGUUAUUUGCACUAUCGUGCAAGACGACAAGUCAAGGUACAAAUUUACCGUUAAGUACGGGUAUAAAAGAACAUGAGAAUUCUCAUCGCGAGUUCAGUUCUUGUCUAUUUCGCCACUCAAGUGGUUGAGCGUUCUAGAAGAAGAGCACCUUAGUCCACACACAAAGAUGCGCUUUGGAAUCUUUCUUUCUGUGAUUUGUUUGCUUGUCCUCUGGGACUCAGCCACUGGACAAUUUCCAACAUUUGGACGAUGUCCAGAUUAUGCACCAGUGGCUGAUUUUGACAAAGAGCGCUUCCUGGGCAUGUGGUACGAGCAGGAGCGAUACUUCACACUCACCGAUUUGGCCUCAAAGUGCACAUCAAUAUACUACGAACGUCGAGCAGACAACAAACUCUACGCCAAUAAUGGUGUAGUCAAUAGACUUACCAACGUCCAGAGAAUUGUGUCCGGACAGUUGACUCUCUUCGGUCGUGGUACAACAGGAAAGUUCAAUGUUCGCUAUACAAACACACCAAUCGCCUACGAUACGACAUAUAACGUCUUGGACACGGAUUACGAUGGCUAUGCUGUCCUCUACUCCUGCAGCUCCGUCAUCCCAUUCGGUCACACUGAUUUCGUGUGGCUGAUGACAAGAGAUCGCCUUCCGGCUGGCGAUGUCUUGCAACGCGCCUACGGCACCCUGGACAAGUACAAGAUAUCACGCACAUUCUUCGUGGAGACCGAUCAGAAGGAUUGCGAAACAGUGGCACCCCCCAUAGAGGCCUACGACCCCACGGAGCCAUCGCAGCGCAGUGAACUGCCCAAGGAGGAAGGAGAAGCCGCUGAGGCAAAGCCUGAGGAUUUGCGAAAGGAGGAAGAACCCCCAAAAGCCGAGGAGCCUAUGGCCGAAGAGAAAAAUGCCACCGAGUGAGAAAAAAAAACGCAAACGGAAGAAUCUCCCACUGAAGCUGAAAAUUUUUCAACUCUCUCUUUUUUUUUCUAAUCUUGCGAUAAAUUGAAUAAUAAAAAAAAGAACACAAGAAGAGAUCACAAAAAAAUAUAAGAUCACUCACCUCUUUAGGAAGAUAUUUAUAAAUCCCGCUCCAGCCACCUCAAACUUUUCCACAAUUUCACUCUGUCGCAGUUCCUUCAUCACUUCCAUCGCAAUCUCCCGUGGAUUCUUCCCAAUUCCACGAUCUUUGAAGAUUUUUGCAAUUGUCAUGGCACUAUUGAAUUGAUAAUCGCCAAAUUUGGCAUUAUUCGUGGCCGCCAUGGUAACAUUAUCGACAAAUUCUCCAUCAUAGAGACGACUCAGGGCGUCCCUGAAGAUGUCAGUCAAGUGAUUAAGUAUCGAGAAUUGGCUAUUCACCUUCACUUCACCCACGGUGGUCUUGUACCCAGCUAUUGCCUACAAGAAGAAUUUUACUCAAUUUAUUGCACUAUUCCCUCAGCACUGGCUAUUCUUCCCGCCCUCUCCCUCACCUUAUUGAGUAUAUGCAGACGAUGCUUGAGACUCUGAUUCUCUACCACGAGCUUCGUGAGUUCUUCAUCCUCACAAUCAACACCAUUUGACGUGCCUGCAUCGCUCAUUGAUCGUAUUUCAUUCUCCAAGUCCAUUGCAAUGUCAUUCUGUGUCGAGAGAAACACACAAAAAAGCAUUUCAAUAAACUUCCUCCGAAGAAAAGUAACUUUCCGCGAAUGAGUUAGACAUCGAUAAGAUAUCAAAUUAGUGACUGUGAUUGUAGAAAAAUAAAAGAGUAUUCCAAAACAAAAUCAAUGGCAAAAGAAAUGCCGAUUUCAAGUUCACAGAUUACAGAAAUUUUUUAUCAAUACGAAAAGAAUUAGCUAUAUGAAACCUUUGUAAUCUGAACCUAGAUAUUUGAUUUUUCCGGAACCAUAUAAUAUUUUUGAAAGCUAAUUAUUAAGAUUUUCGAAUAUAGGAAAUUCUAUCUCGACAUUAUAAAUUAUACUGAAGACCUAAACUAAACCUUUGAAAAAAAGGAGUUUGAAUACUGUCAAGUAUUCCGCGCGCUUCGCUAUCUGGAUCGUUCAUGACUACGCUAACUAGAUAAAAUGCACUUAAAAUAAUAUUUUUAUUUUUAUUUCCGUAAUAUAGUCACUACAGUAACAUAAUAUAACUCUUCAACUUUGAGAAAAAGGAAAAAUA